AUGAAGUCGACUACUCGCUGGACGUUGUCGAUCGUAUUAUUUUACUUGUUCUCGUUUGCCUUGGCACAAGAUCAAGAACAAGAACAAGAAGUGGUGGUAGAAACACAACAACAGGAAGUAGUAUACGAUAGUGCUAUUGUACCAGAGGGUACAGCUAUUCACAAAUUGACUUUAAACAAUUUUGCAUCCUUUAUCAAAUCAAAUGAUUUGAUCCUUGGUGAAUUUACUGUCCCAUGGUGUGUACAUUCCAAGAUUUUAUUACCAGAAUUGGUGAAAGCUGCAGACCUUUUGGAACAAGAGAAAGGUAUCAAGGUCUUUCAAGUCGACUGUUCUGUUGAUGGUCCAUUAUGUGAUCAAAUUGGUAUCUCUUAUUACCCUUCAUUGAAGGCCUUCAAGAACCAUCGUCUGAUGAAGGAUAAUGAAUAUUCUGGCAGAAGAACCUCUGAAGAUAUCUAUGAUUUUAUGGUUAACCAAGUGGCUAGUCCAGUCAAGAGAAUCAACACUGACGAACAAUUAAACGACCAAUAUUUGAAUAAAGACUCUAUGGAAUUACCUGUAGUAGUGUACUAUGGUAAUAUUGACGAAUUUGAUCCAAUUUUUGAUAAAACUGCUAAUGAUCUUUUCAAUUCCUUUACAUUUGUUGCCUAUAAGGACUGUAAUGAAACUAUGAGAGGUAAUGUUACCCUUUAUUUACCACCUGUGGCCCCUGAAGAAAUGCAACAAAAUAAUCAUACAGUGAGACCAGAGACCGAUAUAUUCAGUUUUGAAAACCCUACCUCCCUAACCGAAGUAGAUGAUUUAAAGAAUUGGUUACUUUACUCUAGAUUGCCUUAUUUCGAUAACGCUAACAUUGAAAACUAUCGUCUAUAUAUGGAGAGUAAAUUACCAUUGGCAUAUUUCUUCUAUAUCGCUCCACAAGAAUAUAUGGAUAACAAAGAAUAUUUUGGUGAACUUGGUAAGAAAUAUCGUGGUAAGAUGAACUUCUUAGCUUUGAAUGCAAUGAUUUUCCACUCUCAUGUUAAGUUCUUGAACAUGAAAGAACAAUUCCCAUUAUUUGCCAUUCAUGAUUUGAAAUAUAAUUUGAAAUAUGGUUUACCACAAAUGUCCGAAGAAGAAUAUAAAGCUCAAACUGAAUUAUUGAAACUUGAUCAUAGUGACAUAACUGAAUUGGUUGAAACAUUCAUGGACGGUACUGCUGUUCCUGUAGUCAAAUCUGAAGAGAUUCCAACUGAACAACAUGGUAACGUUACCAAGGUUGUCGGUCUAAACCAUGACGAUAUGGUUCGUGAUCCAAAGAGAGACGUUGUUGUUAGAUACUUUGCUUCAUGGUGUGCUCAAAGUAGGAAGUUAGAACCGAUUUACAAUGGAAUUGCAGAUAUGUUUGCUGGUGAUGAUGAAACAAAGGAUAAGAUUACCUUCCUCGAUGUCGAUGCCUCAGCCAACGACAUCUUAAGUUUCCCAGUCACUGGUUUCCCAACAAUCGUCAUAUACCCAGCUGGUUCUAACGAUCCUCCUAUCGUACAUACUAGUGCGGCUGCCAGAAACAACAUCUUGUUGUUCAUCAGAGAUAAUAGUUUCUACCACUUGGAUGGCUUCGAACUGGUGAAAAAAUACAAUUUAGAUAACGAUGAAGAAGAAGAAGCAGGUGAAAUUGCCCAGGAGAUCAACCCAUCAUCUGACGAAACGAACCAUGACGAAUUAUAG